AGACUACUUUGGUUAGGAAUAGAGUUCCAAUUAAAUCAUAAAGAUCCAACUCCUGGCUGGAUGAGUGAGUAAAAUCAUCCGACUUGUCAUUGAUGACCCCAACUUACUGCCUCUGAGUCGUCCAUCCAUUUGACCGAGACUCAGUUAAGUCUAACCCAACGUGCGACAGCGACCACGCUAUGGCGGUUCCCGUAACCAGCUUAACAUACACCGUACUAUGCUCUGCUGAGGCUGAGUACAUGACAGUGCACAUUAGCCGGAUAGGUGCCGGGCGUCAGAAGGCGACAGACUUAAUAUUCCUGAGGGAUUUAUAAUUUCGAUCUCACCUAUCGACAUGGCCGCGCACAUGUCCAUUACUAGCGUUCAACAUACAUUCAACAUGCAUUCACAAAACGCAGUAAAUAAACGUGUAAUGAUUGUGGCCCCUAAAAGAAAAAUAAAACGAUAGCUCCCACUGGCUUUCGGGCACUUAGACUUCGGGCUAUCUCCAUUCUUUUAGAUUUCUUCAAACGGUCUUCAAAUCUUUUCGUCUUCUAACCACCACGUGAGAAAAGAAUCCUCGAUUGAGUCGGCGCUGGGCAGUGGGACUGAUGGAGAAGGCUCUCAGCGAAUUGGCGAUGGAUGGGACUGAUGGCGAAGGCUCUCGGCGAAUCGGCGAAUCCUUUGCUCUCGAACAACACAGAUGCGAUGGCGAUUAAGGCAUAUAUAUACUCUUUACACGCAUUAGUUUUGGGCCUCCUUCUUCCCCGAUCGAGACACGCCGCCACUAGACCUUCCUUCUCCAACAAACUCCUAUCACUGUCCCCCGCCACCACGACAUCGCCGACGGCCCCCUUUGCAUCUGCAACCAACGAUGACACAAGCAACACGGACAGAGGCAACGAAUUGGAUGAGGGCAGUAGCCUCCGACGACUCCCUCUGUUCCGGCGAAGUCCAGCAGCGAUAGGGAAGGGAGAUGUCGCGAGGCCAGUCGACGGCAACAAUUGGUCAGCGGCGAGCGACCUCCAUCUUUGGCGGAGAAUUUCCGAUCAGACACAGGGGUGGUGGUGGUGAUCUCCACCAGCGACGAGGGUAGCAGCGGGGAGAAGGGGGGGAGUGGCCUUCAUCUUUUCCGGCAAAACAGUGGGGAGUCCAGCGAGAUUCCUCUGCUCCGGCAAAAAUAGCAGCAACGGCGUCUAGACGGCAGGCCGGCGACGGCGUCUAGGCAGCGACUCCGGCGAUAUCUGCCAUGGUAGUGACCGGGUGUUGGCCGUGAAUUGAACCAGCGAGACCGACGAACCCCGAGUAUCGUUUUGAGUAUAAUUUCCAUGCUUUCAAGCCCUAAUGAUGAGUCCCCUGUCAAUGUGGAAGCUGCUACAAACGAACAGAGAUGUUUUAAUCCGGGCAGCAACGCGCUUGGCUUCGGGCAGCAGACGGGGUUACUUCAGCGAUGGAAUUUGAAUGAUGUUCUUUUGAAUUGAAUCGAUGAAUCGAGGUUAGUAUGCAUGCAUUUUAGAAUGUUGAUGGAUUAAUGUGCUUGAUAAUGUUUAGAAUGUUAAUAUGACCAAUUGGUGUUGUUGUUAUGAGAUUAUUGUUGGUUGGAUGUUGAAAAAUGAAAUUAGUGCAAAACCGAGCACUGCGGGAUUAUUGAUACUCCAAAACUGAGCUAAGUGUCAUUUUAGGAAGUAUGUUUUGGUUUUAACUUUUGUAUUCUUAUAUGGUAAAACUCUUAUACGGAGUAAUUCAUAAAAUGGCAUUAUUUCUUAAAGGGCUUGCUAAAGUUGGUUACCCCUUAAUUUAAAAAAAAAUAAAAUGAUUUUCAGUGCCAGAAGCAGAGAGGUGCUGCCAAUGGGAUUUCAAUGCCUGCAAUGUCUCUUUUCAAAACAAUUGGCCCAGCAGUUAGGGGUUCGAUGCGAGUUUUUUCUUUUCUUUCCUUGGUUAAGUUAAUCUUUUGGUGAUUCAACUCACUAUAUGUUCGCUUGCAGAUUAUCAUGGUCACAACGGUGUCAAGAAUUGAAGGUCUAGAUUCCCCUGAUUCAAUGUUGGAUGUUAUUGAGGAGACAAAUAAUUAAAUUAGGCAUGGUCAAUGGACAAUUACAAUGUGACUUUAAUUAUGUAAAUAUUAAAUUAUUGGAUGCUAAGAUUUUGGAUUGUAUGUACUUAGAUAUUAUUUAAUAUAUUGUACAUUUUGGA